AUGUCCGCCACCAAGACGGCCCUCCUCCUCGCGCCGGCCGUGACCAGCACGUGCACGCUGCUCUACGGCCUCGACCAGGACCUCUUCCUGCGGCUCCUCACCCUGCGCAGCACCUACCGCGACGCCAACAGCCUGCUGCCCGCGUACUGGACGCGCCUCAUGCGGAUCGGCCUCCCGCGCGUGCUCUCCUUCCUCUCCGCCACGGCCGCCACCUCGAUCGCGGCCGUGGUGCUCGCGCGGCCGCUGCUGCGGCAGCGCGCGAGCGUCGGGUGGUACGCGGCGGCGGCAGGGUGCGCGGCGGCGCACCUCGCGUGGGUGCCGUGGGUGACGGGCCCGAUCAGGGCCAUGGUGGAGGACGACGGCGUGGCGGUCGAGGACGAGGAGGGGCAGACAAACGUCGACCACCAGGUCAGGUGGCUCAAGGUGAAUCUGGCGAGGACGUUGACGACGGACCUGCUGGGGUGGGUGUGCGCGCUGGUGGCGGUGACCAAGACGUUGGCGGUGGAGUGA